GGAAACUAGUGACGACCCGGAAGUAGAGCUGUUAAAUGUAUCAACAAAGGGCAAAACAUAAAUCCAGCUGAUCAGUCAGUCGGCUGUCAUACCCGAAUGUUAGUUUGCCCAUUGCAGAUAUAAGUAGAACAUGGCAACGACUCCUCAACUAUUCGAGGAGCCCUUUGAUGCAGAUGAGUACAUAGAGAGGUUGGCCUGGAGAACCCCUGGAGGAGGGUCCAAAGGCGGAGCUGAGGCAUUCGACCCCAAAAGGCUGCUGGAGGAGUUUGAGAACCACAUAGAGGAGCUGAAGCAGCUAGAUGAGAAGAUCCAGCGGAGGGUGGAGAAGCUGGAGCACCAGUGUCACAGAGAGGCCAAGGAGUUUGCCCACAAAGUGCAGGACUUACAGAGGAGCAACCAGGUAGCCUUCCAGCACUUCCAGGAGUUGGACGAGCACAUCAGCUAUGUGGCCACCAAGGUGUGUCACCUUGGCGACCAGCUGGAGGGCGUGAACACGCCCAGGCAGAGGGCGGUGGAGGCACAGCGUCUUAUGACCUACUUCAAUGAGUUCCUGGAUGGGGACCUGCGCAGUGAUGUCUUCAACAACCCAGAGAAGAUUAAGGAAGCUGCUGAUAUCAUUCAGAAGUUGCAUCUCAUAGCGCAGGAGCUGCCGUUUGACAGGUUUGCAGAUGUCAAGGCCAAGAUUGCAAGUAAAUACCACGACCUGGAGCGCCAGCUGGUCCAGGAGUUCACGGCGGCCCAGCGUAGGGGCGAGAUUGGCCGCAUGCGGGAGGUCGCCGCAGUCCUCUUACAUUUCAAGGGCUAUGCGCACUGUGUAGAUGUUUAUAUCAAGCAGUGUCAGGAGGGAGCGUACAUGCGUAGUGAUGUGUUUGAAGACACGGCCCUCCUCUGCCAGCGAGUCAACAAGCAGGUGGGCGAGGUCUUCCAGAGCCCCGAGACCGUCAUGGCCAAACUCAUCCAGAACAUAUUUGAGAAUAAACUACAGGCUCACGUGAAAGAGAAGCUGGACGAGACCCGCCGCUCUGACAUGGAACAAUACCUCAAAAACCUCUACGACCUCUACACCAGGACGACAGCCUUGGCUGCCAAGCUAACAGAGUUCAACCUGGGCUCAGACAAACACACGUUCCUGUCCAAGCUCAUCAAGAACAUCUUCUCUACCUAUCUGGAGAGCUACAUUGAAAUGGAGAAAGAUUACCUCCGCACACGCAGCGCCAUGAUCCUGCAACGCUACUACGACUCCAAGAACCACCAGAAACGCCCACUGGGUGGGGGCAGUAUCCAGGAGCUGAAGGAGCGGAUCAGACAGCGCACCAACCUGCCAUUGGGGCCCAGCAUCGACACCCACGGGGAGACCUUCCUGUCCCAGGAGGUGGUGGUCAACCUGCUGCAGGAGACACGCCACGCCUUCGAGAGGUGCAACAGGCUCUCAGAUCCCUCGGACCUGCCCAAGAACGCCUUCUCAAUCUUCCUGCUGCUGGUGGAGCACCUGUGUGUGGACCACAUUGACUACGCACUGGAGAUCGGCCUUUCCGCCAUUCCAUCAGCUGAUGCCAAGAAUGCCAACCUUUACUUCCUGGAUGUAGUUCAGCAGGCCAACACCAUCUUCCACCUGUUUGAUAAGCAGUUCAAUGACCAACUCAUGCCUCUUAUCAGCUCUUCUCCCAAACUGACAGAGUGCCUGCACAAGAAGAAGGAGGUGAUUGAACAGAUGGAGGUGAAACUGGACACCGGCAUAGACAGAACGCUGAACUGCAUGGUGGGACAGAUGAAGCACAUCCUGGCUACGGAACAGAAGAAGACAGACUUCAGGCCUGAAGACGAGAACAACGUUAUGAUCCAGUGCACCGCAGCCUGCUCCAAGGUGUGUGUGUACGUAAGUCGGCAGGUGGAGCGUGUGCGGAAGUCCAUGGACGGUAAGAACGUGGACACAGUGCUGACGGAGCUGGGUGUGCGUUUCCACCGCCUCAUCCACGAGCAUCUGCAGCAGUACAGCUACAGCUCCAUGGGUGGCAUGCUGGCCAUCUGCGACGUGGCCGAGUACCGCAAAAGUGCCAAGGACUUCCGGGUUCCUUUGGUGCUGCAGCUCUUUGACACGCUCCACGCCUUGUGUAACCUCCUGGUGGUUGCCCCCGACAACCUCAAACAGGUUUGCUCUGGCGAGCAGCUUACCAACCUGGACCGGAACCUUCUGCACGCCUUCGUCCAGCUGAGAGUGGACUACCGCCAGGCCAGACUGGGACGCCACUUCAGCUAAUGGCCCCGGUCUAUGGGUCACUGUCCAGCCCUCUGUCUGUCUGUCUGUCCGUCCAUCCAUCCAAUCACCAGGCCCUAUGAUUUCACAAGAUUCACCAUGGAAACAGAAUUCAGCCAACCUGGAUGUUAGUCUUUCAUUCUCAUCUGCAGUAGCACCUUUUGCUUGUUUGUCCAUCUUAGAGGCCAAGAAAGACCACCGCCUUUCACAGUUGGGCUACCUGCAUUUUGCCCUUGAUUUCUGCAAUGAUAAGAUAUAUUGACUGAGCUCUCUUGUUUCUAAAUACUAAUCAACCAAACCACCGUAGAAGAUUUUGUCAUAUUGCCGGUAAUAUGGACCUUGAUUUCCAAGAUAUCUACUUUAAAAUAAAGAGACGUUUUGAUUGUGCCAAAUAUAUGUUCUGUGGCUGCACUUGUCCACAGGAAUAAACUCUAAAGCUGCAGUAUAGAGAAGGUUGAACUCUCCAUAGCUCAGGCAUGUCAUGGCAAUGACUGACUGGAAACAGCCACCCCUCAUAGAGAACUCCCAGAGGAAUCUAAUUUACUCUCACCACCACUACCAUCUCUCUCAUAUCGCUCUCCCUUAUCUCUCUCAUACACUAUAUGUACCAAAGUAAGUGGACGCCCCUUCAAAUGAGUGAAUUCUGCCGUUUCAGCCACACCCGUGGCUGACAGGUGUAUGAAGUUGAGCACACAGCCAUGCAAUCUCCAUAGACAAACAUUGGCAGUAGAAUGGUCUUACU